UGCUCAAAGAUUGCAACUCGUCAUAACCAAGAAGAAGAAGAAGAAGAAGGAGAAGAAGAAGAAGAAGAGGGUGAUUCCCAAAUAAACCAACACCCAGCUUCACAUUCGUUGCUUUGAAGAGGUGAUUGAGUAUCCUCGCUUUUUUUUAUCGAAAAGGGAUGGACGAUAACAACGGAGGAAAAGAAAAACGGGGUCGAUAACAUUCUAACCUGAGGGUUUUGACGACUGAUGGAGACAGGUGAUAUAAAAACACGGUACCAUGUGAAUGGUUGAGGAACAUGAAGGCUGCACACAAACUACUGUUCAUCCUGUGUCCAAUGCUGGUCUUGGGGUUCAUCUACUACUCAUCUGGGAAGCUCCAUUUGUAUGUAUGGGGCCAGAAGCCACAUAAAGAUGUGGAGCCCACAGUAAAAGUCAGUAAAGUCACUAGUGUUUCUUUCAAAUCCACUGUGACCAAAGAGCCGGUGGUGGAGGGCCUCAUCUCCGUGGGACGAAUAGUAGGCUCAGGUACAGCCUCGCUGCAAAGAGUGCACUCUGGUCAACAUGAGAAACCCAGCAUGCCUGUGUUUGAUAAGCAAGGAUUCUUGCUGAAUCUGGAAACAAAGAUACCUCCGGAGUUGGUGUACAAGUACGGAAACCUCAGUGACGGAGCCUGUAAACCUGGUUAUGCAGCUGCCAAAAUGAGUGCUAUCUAUCCAAAGUUUAGUAAGCCAGCUUCCAUGUUUCUGGACCGGAACUUUAAGCGGCUUUCAAAAGUUACAAACUAUUUACCUCCAUUUGGAUUCAAAACACAAGAAAGAAUCAUAGAUGUUAUAUUAACUGCUACAAAGAAUUAUGGACUGGGUCCAUAUUUAGAAAGUUUGAGUUGUAAAAGAUGUAUAAUAGUAGGCAAUGGUGGUAUCCUUAGCAACAAGUCUUUAGGAUCCCACAUCGAUGAGUAUGACGUUGUGAUAAGACUCAACGAGGCCCCAGUGAGUGGUUACACCAGAGAUGUAGGCACGAAGACCACCCUAAGGAUAACCUACCCAGAAGGAGCAAUCCAGAAGCCUGAGCGUUAUGAGAAAGAUUCCCUCUUUGUGUUCUCUGCUUUCAAACCUCUUGACUUUAAAUGGCUGAGACAGAUGGUCUUCAAAGAGAAACUGCAUGGAACAGAGGGCUUCUGGAAGUCUGUAGCGCACUCUGUGCCCCGAAAACCUUCAGAGAUUCGGAUCCUCAACCCCUACUUUAUACAAGAGGCUGCCUUCCAGUUUAUUGGCCUUCCACAGAACAAUGGCCUCAUGGGGAAAGGGAACAUUCCAACAUUGGGCACCGUCGCCAUAACAAUGGCGCUUCAUAACUGCGAUGAGGUUGCUGUUGCUGGAUUUGGCUAUGACAUGAAUACCCCUCAUGCACCUUUGCACUACUAUGAAUCAGUCAAAAUGUCUGCCAUAAAAGAGUCAUGGACUCAUAACAUCUCAAAAGAAAAGGAGUUUCUCCACAAGUUGGUGAAAGCCAGCAUUAUCACAGACUUAACCAAUGGGAUUUGAACCUCCCAAGAUGGGUGCCUUUCUAGGAGGAGUUCCUGGGAAACCCUGGACCAGAUAACACUGAAGAGCAUGAUUUCAGUGGUGGGAGCGGUGGCUCUCUUAAGAUGCACAUGUGCCUUCUAACCGACAGUCUUCCUCUGAGCGGGACAUUGAAGGUUUCUUGAAUGUCUCAGGAGACAAUCCUUGUUCGAGUACAGAUGGAAGCUAUCAGAGACUUUGAGGUGACAAACACAAACAGCGCUUGAGGAACGAGUCGCAACAUUAACUGACUGUGCCAAAUGUACCUCUAUCAGAGGAGACACCCCUCCUCUCCUCCCUGAAUGUAUUAAUGAUGUAAAUAUCAAAGAUUUUUACAGUGCAUUUUAAUGAACUGCUACAGCCCCUGGGGUUCUGCCUUCACCCGUGAUUCUCCAUCCAGGGCAACCAGUACAUAUCCUGCUCUAGUGUGAGGAAGGGCAGUGGCAGGUUUAAUUCAGCCCUUUUUCUGAGCACAGGAGGCUCUUUAUCUCCUGAAUGUGAGCUUAUUAUGUUACAGCUUCUUUUGACGAAGAAAGGAGCUUGAUCUCUAAAUUAUUUAUUAUGGUGCACAGAUUAAGGCCUUUGUUUUUUAAAAGCCCCCAUUCCUAAAUUUCUUAUAAAUACUCACCACAAUUUGUUUUAGGUGUUAAAUUGAGUACCUAUUAGGGGUGCACCAAUACCACUUUUUCCAGUCUAAUUAUGAUACCUGAAUUGUUGAAAUUUGGUAAAUACACAUGACUUCAUAAAAAAGGUUAGAACACUAAUACAAAUUACUAUUCAUAAUCUUUGAAAUAAUUACUUUAUUUUUUUGUUUUUUCAAAAAAAAAAAAAAAAAUCUUAUAAUAAAUCUUAUUCAGCAAGGAUGCUUUAAUGUUAUCAAAAGUGACAGUAAAGACUUUUAGAUUGUUACAAUAAUUAUAUUAAAAGUACAAGUAAAUGCUGUUACCUUUUUCAUAAUACAGCAUAAGAAAAAAAAAAUCCAGUCGCAGUAGCAAGAACCACAAUUUUUUUUAAUCACCUUAUACAACAAGGAUGCAUUAAAUUGACAAAAGUGACAGUAAAUAAUUAUACGCUGUUAAAUUGUUAAUUCUGUUUCAAAUAAAUGCUGCUUAAUAUUUCAUUAUUUUUUUCUGUAUUUUUGAUUCAUUGAUAGUACAAUACACCGUAAAAAAAAGAUGGGAAAAACAAAUUAUCCAGUGUGCUAAUCUAACAAAUGCCCAGUAGCAUGAACUACAGCAUUCAGAAACAACAAUAAAUCUCAGCAAAAUGCAGUCCUUUAAAAUAAAAACACCAGACAUUUUAUUUCCAGAUUAAAAUACAUUUUAUGUACAGAUACCUUAAAUACUUAAAAACCCAUAAUUCUUUGGUUUGUUUGUUUGAUAGUAUGGUAACAACCAUGGGUAACACACAGUUUUUAAUUUAGAUCGUUCCCAUGUCAUUCAUAUCUGACCUGACAAAUGUUUGUAUCGAUGCCGAUAUGAUCCUUGGAUUGGUGCAUCCCUACUAACUAUUCAGACAGACCUCCAAAUCAGCUGAUGUUAUGGUACACUACCAUCCUGAAUGCUGCCUCUUUGCUUUCCAGAGGCAGCGGUUUGAGACCAAUACACCAAGAAAGAAGUUAAUGAGUUUUGUCCUUUUUUUUUAUUUUAUUUUUUUGAAAGUACAGGCCUUUUUAAGGGGUACUUCUUACAGUGUGUUCUAAUUUAUGAGCUAUGAGAUUUCAGCUGCAUGGACAGAGUCCUUGAAACAUACCACUACCCAUUGCAGUAGCCAUCAGUGUUCAUCAUACAUCUACAUAUACAUAUGUGUGUGUGUGUGUGUGUAGUGCCCUCCAUAAGUAUUGGAACAGUAAUGACAAAAUUGCUUUGUCUGCUGUGGAAGUCAAGACAUCUGCAAAUAUGCCUAAAAGAUGAAUAUGAGACAAAGCUUCAGAAUGUCACAUUUUAUUAUUGGCCAUUUCAACAUUCAUCUUUUACCAAAUAAAAGGGACAGCACUUUUAGAGUUUCA